AUUUGACCUUUUGCAUGCUACCAGUGGAAUGCGUCGUUUUAUUGCCAGUCCAGACACGUGUUUAAGCGUCCUUCUUUCAAAUGGUGAUCUCGCAUUAAAAUGUAUCGCGAAGUGUAACCCGUAAACUACGAUGGACAAAAAAUUGUGGGGUUAUGCAUAAGCAAGCAUUCGUUAUGUGUGCUAACUGAACUGCAGUCAACCUCGCUAGCACGAUGCUAUUCUGGGACAGUAACACUGAGAACUGAAUGAUGGGUCACCUCUCGGUGCGGUUUAUGUUACUCUAUUUCUCAAGACCCGCGCACAAUCGGGAAAGGUGUUCCAGGAGGAGGAGGAGCCGCGCGGGCGCGCACACGGUGCACGGCUCGCCGUCCGCACAGUGUUGACACCGAAGGCAGUGAGUCAAAACGCUUGGAGAGGUGACUGCCGACGGGCGUGAAGCGCGGAGAGAGCACGGUUUGGGAAUACAUGGAUUGAACGCUAUUUUAUUUUUAUUUUUUCAAGAUUUCCGGAUUGGAUUAUAUUUGCGGAUGUUUAUAAUAACUUUAAUUUUAAAUGUAAAGUGCGACUUUCAGAUAUUCGUUCCGUGAGCGCGGAGAUCGCGAAAAUUGUUUAUUUAUCUAAAUCUAUUUUGAAACUUCGUUCUGUUAAAUCACUGUGUUAGUGCCUUUAAAAACAACACUGUUUUAUAUUAACAGUAAUAUCGACUGCGUUACCUAUUCGUAUUUUUCCAGUAAGAAACAUAAAAUAUAGGCAAAAAGGCAUAUCGUUAUUUAUAGUUUUUUUUAAUUGCGAAUUGGAAUACUUUUUACAACGUAAUAGAUAUUUGUGUAAUUUUACAAAACAAGCUAAUUUCUCCUUGUAUUAUAGGGUGUCAUUUCUUUUAUUAGCCUAGGCUACUUGUAACAAUGUUCAUGUGCGUGACCAAUAUCACUCUAGCCCUUUAAAUCAACACAGAAUUAAGUAGCCCAAUACCAAAUAGUAGUAGACCGUUUCUGACUUAUAUAAGGUUCGGUAUUGCGUCUUUACAAUGUCUCAAACUGAAGUAGAUCUUGCGGGACAUAGCUUCCCCAAACUACCUGUAGGUUUGGACGACGAUUCUCGCCUGUCCACCAGAUUGCCCCCGCGGCGACGGAGACACUCGGCAAACUCGAGACGAAACUCUUACAGAUUAAACAAAUUAAAUAGCAUGGAUCUCGACUCGCAAGUUUACGACGGGCCUCUUUCUAAGACACUUUCCUGGUCCGCUGAUAACAUUUCAUCCGAGUCCAGUGCGGACGAGAAGAAGAUUGACACGACGCCACCUGCACCUCUUGCCUCUAGUCCCGAUCCUAAAAGCAACGCCUCCCUCGGUUCCCACACUCCAGACCCUAUUCCUUCCAUUAACGAUUGGCAAACGAGGGAGCGAAGCGAAAGCACGCCGGACAGCUCCGACAGUUCGGACGAAAUCACUCAAAAAAAGGUGACUUUAUCGCGCACCCCAUUCGACAGCAAAUGGGACCAAGAAGAGAAGGAUGAAAUCGAGACCAAAGCCGUGGCGACGUCACAUGACGGCAGGUUCCUCAAAUUCAACAUUGAAAUCGGGAGAGGGUCGUUCAAGACAGUAUACAAAGGCCUGGACACGGAGACGACGGUGGAAGUGGCCUGGUGCGAACUACAGACGCGGCGGCUGACGAAGGGGGAGCGGCAGCGCUUCAGGGAGGAGGUGGAGAUGCUGAAGGGCCUGCAGCACCCCAACAUCGUGCGCUUCUACGACUCCUGGAAGUCCACCGUCAAGGGCCACAAGUGCAUCAUCCUGGUGACCGAGCUCAUGACGUCCGGCACCCUCAAAACGUACCUGAAGAGGUUUAAGGAGAUGAAGCUGAAGCUGCUCCAGCGCUGGAGCCACCAGAUCCUGAAGGGGCUCCACUUCCUGCACACGCGCACGCCGCCCAUCAUCCACCGCGACCUCAAGUGCGACAACAUCUUCAUCACCGGCCCCACCGGCUCCGUCAAGAUCGGCGACCUGGGGCUCGCCACGCUCAAGAGCGCCUCCUUCGCCAAGAGCGUGAUCGGGACCCCGGAGUUCAUGGCCCCGGAGAUGUACGAGGAGAAGUACGACGAGGGCGUGGACGUGUACGCCUUCGGGAUGUGCAUCCUGGAGAUGACCACGUCCGAGUACCCGUACUCCGAGUGCCAGAACGCCGCGCAGAUCUACCGCAAAGUCACCUGCGGAACGAAGCCGGACAGCUUUUUCAAAGUAAAAGUCCCCGAGAUGAAAGAGAUCAUCGCGGGCUGCAUCCACAUGAACAAGCACGAGAGGUACACGAUCCAGGACCUGCUGGAGCACGCCUUCUUCCAGGAGAACAACGGCGUGCACGUGGAGCUGGCCGAGGAGGACGACACGCACAAGUCCGGCCUGAAGCUGUGGCUGCGCAUGGACGACACCAAGAAGCUGCACGGGAAGUACAAGGACAACAACGCCAUCGAGUUCCUGUUCGAGCUCUACAAGGACGUGCCCGAGGAGGUGGCCCAGGAGAUGGUGGUGUUGGGCUUCGUGUGCGAAGCGGACUACAAGCUGGUGGCCAAGGCGGUGCGCGACCGCGUCACCACCAUCAAGAGGCAGCGGGAGAAGCGCCGGCGGCAGGCCGAGGAGAUCCGGAGGAGGAUGGAGAAGGAGGUGAUCGAGGAGGAGCCGGAGCCCGUGGCCGAGGCCGACCUCCCCGCCCGGCCCCGGCUCGACAGCCAGGCCUCCGAGGGGCCCGUCCCUGCCCAUGCCCCGGCCCUGGCCCUGGCCCCGGCCCCGACCCCUCCCUCCCCCCCGGCCCCCGCCCUAAACCCAGCCCCGGCCUCCGCCCUGAACCCGCCCGUCCUGACCAUCUCCGCCCCGACCCCGUCGCCGGUCAGCGAGUCGCUGGACUCCGGCAUCAACUCCAGCUUCGGCAGGGAGCCCGAGGACCCCGAGGCCGACCAGCACCAGCACUUCCACAUCCGACACACCAGCUUCUCCCCCGCCACCUCUGACUGUGAGACCGAUGGCUACUUGAGCUCCUCCGGGCUUCAGGACCCCCUAGAGGGACCCCCGCCAGCCAUGGCCAAUCCCAGCUCUGCUCAGCCUGCCGAAGCCCCGCCCACCACUGAGGCUCCGCCCACCCUGGCCCCUCCAAUCCCGGCUCUUCGAUUUCCCUCAAGCAUCGCGGUGUCCCACAACAUCGACCGCGCCCACUCCGGCUCAGCCAGCGGCUUCUCCUCACCUGUGGACAGCUACGCCUCCGAUGUCACGUCGGGUCUGAGUGACGGCAACGAGGGCCUAUCGGAGAAGAGCUCCACAGGCUCGGCCAAGCGCACCCCCGGCAAGCAGUUCAGGAGGAGGGCCCGAUCCCGCCUGCGCAUCACCGGGCUCUCUGAUAAGGUGGACCGCGUGGUGGAGUGCAAGCUGCAAACGCACAACAACAAGAUGGUGACGUUCAAGUUCGACCUGGACGGGGACAACCCAGACGACAUGGCCGCGGUCAUGGUACACAACGAGUUCAUCCUGCCAUCAGAGCAGGAGGGCUUCAUCCACCGCAUGUGUGACAUCAUCAAGCGGGCGGAGUCGCUGAUGCAGAAGGAGUCCCAGGAGAAGCUCCACCCAGGGGGGGGUCCCCGUCUGCCCUACCUCGGCGGGGCGGUGUCCCUAUCCGCCUCACAGCCCAACCUGCACACGCAGCACCUCCCCCGGAGUCACUCUUCCUCCUCGCUGCCAGAUUUCAGCCAAUCAGGCCCCACCCCUGCCGCACGUGGCUCCUCCCCCGGGCUGGGCGGGGGCUUCUACAUCAGCCCGGACGGGGCCCCGCCCACCCGGCCCCUCCGCUCCCAGUCCUUCCACACCACCUCAGGGUCUGGCGCCUCCUACCAGCCCUCCUCCUCCCAGUACCCGCAGACCCCGGCCCCCGACCCCGCCCUGGGCCCGAUGCCCCACCCCGCGCAGUACACCACGCCCUCCUACCUGCAGGGCAGGCAGUUCCCCUUCCCUUACCCCGCCCGCGCACCCGGCACCCCCAACAUCUCCUCCCCGUCGCUGUCCCCCUCCCCGUCCCCCUCGUCCUCCUCCGGCUCCCUGCACCAGACGGAGGGGUCGAGCCCGGGGGCCGAGGGGUCCCCCCUGCAGCAGCAGCACCCCGGGAUGUGGCCCCCCGCCCACACGCAGCCCAUGUUCUCCCUGGCCAACGUGCUGUCGCUGGCCAUGAGCGUGGCGCAGUCCUUCAUGCCGCCCACCUCCAUGGCCGGCCCGUCCCACCCGCUCCCGCAGGGCCUGCCCGCCCUCGCCGGCUUCCACCCCCAGACGGGCUACGGCCCCCUGUUCGGCCAGCAGGGCCAGGGCCUGGGCCUCCAGGGCCCCUACCGCGACCUCUACCCGUACCCCAGCCACCCCGAGGCAGCCCAGGCGCAGGGGUCCACCGGCCGUCCCGUAGCUGCGGGGGCCAGCCCGCCCCCUCCCCAGGCCCCGCCCGGCCCCCAGGGGGACCCGCUCCCUGCCUCCUUCUCCAUCCAGGACCGGGCCGAGAGCUCCAGCACCUCCUCCUCCUCCUCAGCCCCCGUCAGCCCACAGAGCACGGUGCUCUCCCAGAAUCCGAGACCGCCGUUCCCUCCCGUGGCGCCCGAACCCACCAUCGGCACCUCCAAGGACCGGCUGACUCCCAUCGCCGAGGAGAAAAGGGCCACGGUCACAGUUGGGCGUUUCCAGGUCAGCCCGUCCAAGGUCAUCCCAGCGGCCCCGCCCAGUUCCGCCUCGGCCUUGGCCCCGCCCCCUGCCCCGCCCGCCACCAAUGGCGCCUCCCCCGCGCGGGACAGCAACGCAGGCAGCAGCACGGAGGAGCAGAACGAAUCAGAGGCCAGCUUCAGCACGGUCACCGUCUCCCCGCCCACCCAGACCUCCAGCGGCCUGCUGCAGGAAUCCAACAGCCCGCUGGCCCGGGGGCCGGGGCCGGGGCCGGGGCCGGGGCAGCCCGUGGCCGAGGGCCGGGGCGACCCGUCGGGGCCCCCGGAGGCACGGCUGUGGGACGGCGGGCCGGGGAGCCCGCAGGUGAACCCCGGCCUGUGGGUCUCCUGCUCCCGCAGCACCUCCUACAUGAGCAGCGACGAGGAGAGCGAGACGGAGGAGAUGUGGGACGAGCUGCAGGAGCUCCGGGAGAGGCACCUGGCGGAGGUGCAGACUCUCCAGGCCACGCAGAAGCGGGAGAUCGAGGAGCUGUACGAGAGGAUGGGCAAGGUGCCCCCGCCCGGCAUCGUGUCGCCCGCCGCCAUGCUGUCCAGCCGCCAGAGACGCCUGUCCAAAAGCGGGGGCUACCCCCCAUCCCGCCGCAACAGCCUGCAGAGGCUGGACAUCCUGCCCCCGCCGGUGACCACAGGCAUCAUGCGGAAAAACUCUGUCAGCGGCAGUAGCAGUGGCUCACAGGACCGGUCCAAAGGGGUGACCUUUGCACCUACAGACUACAGAAUGUAAGAAUUCCCAGAGGUGACUCUCUGGACUACCUCAUCCUAGCAGUGACAAGCCCCACCCCUGCCGGCCUGAAGGAAGUGACAUCAUCCACAGCCUCUCCUCUGGCAGCUGAGAUGCAGUGGAUCUCUGCCCCCCCCCCUCCUCGGCGAUGAUGUUUAAAGUACCUGCUGCCCAAAGGCAGGCGCUGCGGUUCUGACUGUAGCCCGACU